AGAUAUUUCCUCCAGCUUUCUUUACAAGUAUGAUUCACGUGAUGAUUCACUUGCCAGAUGAGGCAUUGCUUGCUGGACCAGUCAAUUGCCGAUGAAUGUAUCCAAUAGAAAGAUAUCUUGGUGAGUUGAAAAAGUGUGUCCGAAAUAGGGCAAAGCCCGAAGGAUCACUUGUGGAGGCAUGGGUCGCAUAUGAGUCACUUACUUUUUGUGCAAUGUAUCUUCAAGAUGUUGAGACAGCUUUCAAUCGUCCUCAACGCAAUAAUGACAAUGGUGUCAGAAAAGAGAAACUAUAUGUUUUUGCCCAAAUUGCGCGACCAUUCGGCGAGCCUGUAAAAGGCGAAUCGUUUACCAAAAAAGACAUGGAGGUAGCGCAUUGGUUCAUACUCAACAAUUGUGAUGAGGUUUUGCCAUACCUUGAAGAGCAUGAACGGUUGAUGAAGCGGGAACAUCAUUCACAUUUAUAUGCCAAGAAGCACCGUGAAUUGUUUCCUUCGUGGUUUCACGAACAUAUGAACAAAUUGAAGGAAUUGAAUUCACCCUCUUACGAUGAAGAAUUAUAUAACUUGGCAAGAGGACCGCUUUGA